UCUGAUCAGAGACAUGAUGGCAGGCUUUUAUUUCUACUUCUCCAGCUGUUUGCUGCUGCUGCUCGCCCUCAACUGGCGCACAUCCACUGGACUCCCGGUGCGCACUGAGAGAGGCGCAGAGAAGUGCGCAGAGUGCGCGCUGCUCUUUAAGGACCUGCUGCUGAACAUCACAGAGCUCAGGAACAGAACUGAUCUCUUGUGUUUUGGGAUCCUGACUGCUGAGAUGGAGAUGAGUCAGGCUGACACGGUGCUGGCCUGCGCUCCCAAUCUGGCUCAGAACUCAGGCUGCAUGAUGGAAACUAAUUCAUCUUUCAGUGAGAGUGAGUGUAUGAGGAACAUCAUGAAGGACCUGGCCUACUACGCUGCUGUUAUUGAGUCCUACCUCAGCUCCACUCUCAGGAGUCGUGGGGAAGAAGUUCCACAUCUGAGUCCAACUCUGGGAGUAAUCCAGAGCCUGAGGAAGAACUGCUCCCUGAUGCCAGACGGAGAGGACGAGCCUUCAGAGGUGGACACGGCCCAGAUGUGGAGCAACGACAGCUUCAGCAACAGGCAGAAGAUGUGUAAGAUCAUGAAGGGCUUCCACGUCCGAACCAUCACCAUCAACAGAGCGAUCGGCUACAUCGCCUCCGGAGAGCACCGAGAGUAA